UGAGAACAAUAAUCCUAAUGUGAGCCCCACGUACUGAAUUCUUAGCACUGGCAGGCACCCUCACUAUUAAUUUUUUUCCUUAAAUUCUUAAUUCUCGAGGUAGGCUUUAUUGUCUCUAUAUUUCGGAUGAGGAAGCUGAGACCCAAGGUCACACAAAAGAUCACUGCCCUCUCUGUGGCAGCCUCCUCUCUCCACCUGGGCAGGGUGUUCUGUCUUCCCUCAUCAGCCUGGCUUUGAACUGCAGGCACUUCACCAGCACAGCAGCGGCAGGUAUGGCGGGCAUGGAGGAGCGUGAGGGCACCAUCCAAGUGCAGGGCCAGAACCUCUUCUUCCGAGAGGCACGGCCAGGCAGUGGACAGGCCACUCGCUUCUCUGUGCUGCUGUUGCAUGGUAUCCGCUUCUCCUCCGAGACCUGGAAGAACCUGGGUACACUGCACAGGCUGGCACAGGCUGGCUACCGGGCCGUGGCCAUUGACCUGCCAGGUCUGGGGCACUCCAAGGAAGCAGCAGCCCCUGCCCCUGUUGGGGAGCUGGUCCCUGGCAGCUUCCUGGUGGCUGUGGUGGAUGCCUUGGAGCUGGGCCCCCUGGUUGUGAUCAGUCCAUCGUUGAGUGGCAUGUACUCCUUGCCCUUCCUCACAGCCCCUGGCUCCCAGCUCCGGGGCUAUGUGCCAGUGGCCCCCAUCUGUACUGACAAAAUCAGUGCUGCCGACUAUGCCAGUGUAAAGACUCCGGCUCUGAUUGUAUAUGGAGACCAGGACCCCAUGGGUCAGACCAGCUUUGAGCACUUGAAGCAGCUGCCCAACCACCGGGUGCUGGUCAUGGAGGGGGCGGGGCACCCCUGUUACCUGGACAAACCUGAGGAGUGGCAUACAGGGUUGCUAGACUUCCUGCAGGGGCUAGCCUAAGGCCCAGGC